UGGCGCGCAACGGGUGUGAUUGUGUCUGAACAUGCCUUUAAUAAGGAAACCCAUGCGAUAUGCCCAUCAAGAAGGACACACUGAUGUUUGCUAUUAUUCGGGCGAAAAGAGAGGACUUAUCACUUGUGGAUGCGAUGGGGAUGUUAGGUCCUGGUUAAAUUUAAUGGAUGAUGAUCCAGCCACUACUUGCAUCUCGGAGCAAGCUAUUACUGCUAUUUCAAAAGAUGGUAAAAUUUUCGUGGGAAAUGACAAUAAUACAGUGCAAAUACUUACUUAUCCUGACUUGGAAAAGGAAGGGAUAGUUACUAGAUUUUCAGCACCAGUUUCAACAUUAGCAACAACAAAAAAUAGUAAUUUGAUAGUAUCUGGUGCCUGUGAUAUGCGGAUACAUGUUACAAAUAUUAAUACAUCAGACAGUACAGAAUUAGAAGGUCAUACAGCGCCUAUCUUAGGCUUGUCUCUAGAUCCAAAGGAACAAUUUGUGGCAUCCUCUAGUGCAGAUGGAUCUAUUAGAAUAUGGAGUAUUGAGGAAAAGCGUACUAUACAUAUUUGGAAUAAUAUUGUACCAAAAUGUAACUCCUUUUUUACUGCUAAAUCAUAUUGCACGCCUUCUUUUAAAUGUACAGAUGGGAGUUGUCUGGCAUAUCCAUCUAACAAAGAUAUAGUUGUAGUGGAGAGAUUAUCCUGGAAAGAAUUGUAUAGAUUGAAAUCUCCUACUUUAAAGACUGAGCUUAGCAUUUGCAAAUUUUCUGAAUGUGGUAAACGUAUUGCCACUAGUUCACUAUAUGGAGAAAUAAUUGUUUGGAAUGUAGAAACUAAAGAGAUGAUUGGAUAUCUGGAGCAUGAACAAGAUACUAAAAUCACUGCAUUAGUAUGGCAUAUAGAUCAUUCCAAUGAGAUUGCAUUCUGCGAUGCAUUGGGAAAACUUGGAUGUAUUGAUGUGAUAAGUUCUAAUAAACCUGAAAAUGAAGCAAUCAAGGAUUCAGAAAAAAAUGAAGAUGUAGUGGAAAAUGAUUUUGAUUUAUUGGACAAUGAUAAUGAUGAUGGAGAAAAUGUGAUAUCUUUGAACAAAAUUAAAGCAUCUGUUAAUCUGGAAGAUGAUCAAAAAAGUCGUUCUGAUUUAGAUUCUGAAAAACUUCCAUACAAUACUAAAGCUUUUAUGCCCAAUGUAAAGUUGCAAUCACCUUUUCAACCAGGAUCAACACCUUCUCAUUUAUUAUCAUAUUUCAUGAUGUGGAAUGAUGUAGGAAUGGUUAGAUGUUUUACAUCAGAGGAUGAGGAAAACUCCAGUAUCGAGGUGGAAUUUCAUGAUGCUACGAUUCAUCGCAGUAUGCAUAUAAAUAAUUAUUUACGGCAUUCUAUAGCUGCUUUAUCUACUCAAGCACUUGCUCUAAGCUGCCCAGUUUCUGAUGAUAGCCCUAGUAAAAUUGUUGUGAUAGUGUUACAAGGUUGGGGUUCUGGAAAUAAGGAAUGGUCUUUAGACUUACCAGAAGGAGAAGAAAGUGAAUGUCUAGCAGCUGGUGAUAAUUUUGUAGCAAUAGCAACAUCUAGAAGAAAUUUAAGAAUAUUUAUGAUAGGAGGAACACAACGUGAAAUUUUAGCUUUGCCUGGACCUGUAGUUGCAAUGAAUGGUUUAGGAAAUCGUCUUUUGGUAGCUUAUCAUGCUGGAAUUGGUGCAGCAGGCGAUCAGAAUAUAAAUCUACUAUGGAUACAAAUACAGAGAGCACAUUUACAUAGUCAAACUUUAACAGUCCCACUUUCACCAACAUCAGAGCUUAUGUGGUUGGGAUUAUCAGAUGCUUAUUCUCCUGUUGUAGUGGAUUCUGAUGAUAUUGUCAGAAUAUACAAUAAGAGAUCUUGUCAAUGGAGAGUGCUAUGUGAUACAAAUAUACAAGAUAAAGGUAAAGCUGAUCACUAUUUCGUAAUUGGUGUAAGUGAACGAGAACGGAAUAUACGAUGUAUCCUUUGUAAAGGGAGUUAUUAUCCACCGACAAUUCCAUUGCCGAUAAUCACUGAGGUAUCUUUUUCUGCACCUCUUUGCGAACCGGAAUCCGAGAAAACUAAGGAAGAACGUAAACUGUGGGAGAUAGGAACCAAUCCAUCAGAUGAAACUGAAGCGUUAUUAACUUUAAUAGCACUUGCCUGUAGAAGCAAUUUGGAAUAUCGUGCAGUGGAUAUUUGUGAACAAAUAGCAUCAACAAAAGUGAUAGAUUUGGCUAUACGAUAUGCCCUGCGUGUGUCUAAAACGGCAUUGGCAAAGAAAUUGGAAACGAUUGCUGAUACAAAAUUUGAUUCUAAGGAUUCAAAAGAAGAAGAAGAGACGGAAAAUUAUCAAGAUAAUUUUACAAGCAAUGAUGAUUCUAGUAUUAAUAAUCAAGAAGACAAUGAUGUGCUCCUACCAUCUAUUAAAAAACCGGAGAUAGAGAUCAAACCACUGGCCAUGAGUCAAACAUUAAAAAGAGUAAAUCCAUUUUUAAAAGCUGGAAAUUCAUCUUUAUCACCAAAAGGUUUAGCUGGUUUGAAUAGUUUACCAGAAAAACCCCAGAAAUCUGUAAAAACUGUGGUGCCUAUUAAACCGAAAUCAAAGACUGAAUCUAGGAAAGAAUCAUUUGUUACUUGGUAUGCCAAAAAUAGAAAAAAUCUGCAGGAAGAAUUCCCUGAAAUAAAUGUCGUCGAAUUAACUAAAAUUGGUUUAACGCGUUACAAAGAGGAGACAUCAAACUCAAAUAACGCAGAUAGCGCGGUUGAAUCUUUAGAACUCAAUAAAAAACGAAAAUUAUCAAGUCCAGAUAACGAAAAUAGUAACGAAGCAAAACGAUCUUUGAGCAGCAAACUCAGCCAAUUCGCAUUCGACAAGUAAAAUUUUAUUCUCUUGGUUAUGAAAAUUUUUGUAACUAAUAACCACAAAUUUUAGCAAUUUAAUGAGAAUAUAAGAAAUUUAUUGAAUUCUUGAAUGAAUAAAAAAAUA